AUGCAGAAUCAAAGUGCUUCUUCGGAUGAUAGAAAACAAAGAAAGCCUUUGAUGGAGAAAAAAAGACGAGCCAGGAUCAACGAAAGUUUGGAGAAUUUAAAAACCAUUUUAAUGGAGUGCGAUCCACAGAGUGUUGGAAAAAAAAGUGCCAAGUUGGAGAAGGCUGAUAUUCUCGAAAUGACUGUAAGUUACUUGCAAAAUAUCAGGAAAAAACAAUCGAACAGCUACUAUCAACCUAGCAGCUACAGCAGUAGUUAUUCUUCGCAAAAAUAUUACAGUCAAAAUUACGUUACUGCUUCUUCAAAAACUGGCAGCGGUGGACAGUGUUGUUACGGUGGAAAUUCCAAUAAUUAUAAGAACUAUUCCAACAACCAGAAAAAUUCGGGUGUAGAGAAAAGUUCAAUUUGGAGGCCUUGGUGAACAAUAGAGACUUUUUUGGGUGCCUGGGA